UGCGUAAAGGCUCCAGGAAGGUGCGCUCUUGGUUUCGGGCUGCUGCUCCUGGAGGAUCUGUGGGAUUGCCCUGUGUGUGUUUUUUUUUUUUCUCCAGCAGAAUCUAAAUAUAUGCUGGUGACAAAUAGUCCAAAUACAGUAGCAACCCAACUGUGAUGUGGGGGUGGCGCCGAGAGAGCGGCUCCAUCUCCAAAAGUCCCCUCUGUCGGAUCCGGAGUGCGUCAGGAGAAGAAGGGCGCACGGAGUCUUCAGCUGCCACCUGCACAAAGACUAUUUAUUCCUCCCUCUUUACCAUGAAGAGACAAAACGCCAGGACCCUCGCCCUCAUCGUCAGCAUCCUCACCUACCUGGUGGUCGGGGCGGCCGUGUUCGAGACCCUGGAGUCGAAGCAGGAGAAGAGUCACAAGAGGAGGCUCGACGCCAGAAAGUACGAGCUGAUGCGCAAAUACAACUUGACCAAAGCGAACUUCGAGGAGCUGGAGCUCGUCGUCCUGCAGCUCAAGCCCCACAAGGCGGGGGUCCAGUGGAAGUUUGCGGGCUCCUUCUACUUCGCCAUCACUGUGAUCACGACAAUCGGUUAUGGCCACGCAGCGCCCAGCACCGACUCAGGGAAAGUGUUCUGCAUGUUCUACGCCCUCCUGGGGAUCCCUCUCACCCUGGUCAUGUUCCAGAGCCUGGGCGAGCGCAUCAACACGUUUGUCAGGUACCUGCUGCACCAAGCCAAGAAGUGCCUGGGAAUGCGUCAGACCGAGGUCUCCAUGGCGAACAUGGUGACCGUGGGCUUCUUCUCCUGCAUGAGCACUCUGUGCGUGGGGGCUGUGGCGUUCUCCCACUGUGAGGGAUGGAGCUUCCUCCACGCUUACUACUACUGCUUCAUCACGCUCACUACCAUCGGUUUCGGAGACUACGUGGCCCUGCAGAGGGACGACGCGCUGCAGAACGAUCCACGCUACGUCGCCUUCUGCUUUGUUUACAUCCUGAUGGGCCUGACAGUGAUUGGAGCGUUUCUGAACCUGGUGGUGCUUCGCUUCCUCACCAUGAACACUGAGGACGAGCGGAGGGACGCCAGACAGAAGGCCCUGAUGUCCGUCAGCAAGUCCAGAGGUGAGGUGGCUCGUCUUAUACCAGUCUCAGCCUCAACGUCCUCCACUCCUGUAGCAAACGACAGCGCAAAGGCUAAAGAUUUAAAAGGUGCCUACACAGAGGUGCUUCACUUCCAGACUAUAUGCUCCUGCCUGUGGUACCGGAGCAAGGAGAAGCUGCAGGGCUCCAUACCCACGAUGAUCCCUCAGGAGCUGACCUUCUCCGAUGCCUACUUGCAGCAGCAGAUCAACAACUGCUCUCCCUACAUGGAGCCUGGAUCAACAGGCUGCGUCUGCAGUCCACGUCAGUGCACGAGCAUAAACUCCACAACAACAGGCCUGCGCUUUCUCUCCCCGUUCAGCGUGUUCAAGAGACGCAGCUCGGUCUAGCCUCUCACCGCGCAGAUUUCAGUACGGCACAAUAAGUGUACCGUGCCGAGCGGACGAUGGAUACUUGGCAGUCUUCACAGCUGAGACACGACUGCAAGUAGAUGUUUGUGGUGCUAUAAUCCCAGUCGAGCAACAGUAGGAGGCAGAAAAAGGGAAACACACAUACAGUACUGUCAACAGCAAAAUCUUAAUCAAAUAUGUGUUUAAGAAAGAGCAGCAGCCGGUGUUUUGACUUCCGGUGUUUCAGGGGGCGUGCAGAGUGCUUUCAAGAGCCAUGUAGGCGUGAACAUGUAGGAUGUCACAUGAACACAUGAACAGUUUGUAGGUGAGAGCAGAACAGGAGCUGAAGGAGACUGAACUGAAAAAUGAAAUAUUUGAAACACCUUGCACAAGCUCUGCAGCAAAUUCCACUUUCAUGUUUCUGUUACUGUUCAUUCACUUUACAGUUAUUUUCUCAAAGCUUUGUUAUUUUUCAUUUCUGUUAUUGUUUCACGUCUCAUCUCAGAGUAAUCAGUCCAGACUCUAAAGCCUUAUGAAACUUGAUUUAAACAAACUGUGACUGUCAGAACCGUUCUAGCACUGACACACACACACACACACACACACACAACUUCACAUGACUCACAUGUGCAGUUGCCUCUGUUAUGUUGUUUUUGUGUGUGUCAGUGCUCUCUGCCUGAAACGCUGAUGCAUUAUGUAACGUGUAAAAGUGGGAAAGUUCGAUAAAAUGGUAAAAAUGGUAAAAACUGCAUCAUCGGCAAAGUCCAGUAAUCACAAGUAGACACUCACCAGCACUGACACCUCUUAACAUUUUGUUAACAACGGCGGCGGAAAACACAGAAAAGCUCAAAUUCAAAAAAAUCAAAUUAAAUAUCCAACAGAUUUCUCCCAUCAAGGUUCAUGUUUGGGCUAUGACUCAAAUCGUGUUUCUCUCCCCUGCUCUUUUUUGGCCUGAACAUCUGCGACGCUUCACAGAACUCAUCCACCAUCAAACAGAAUCACAUCUGGAUCAAACAGUGGACGCAAACUAUUUAUAGAAGCAGUCUGCAGUGGCAGAUGGGAGAGACGGGGGUGUUUCUCUGUUUGGACAAUGGAUGAUGAGCUGGUUGUCAGUCGCAAACAAAUAUGCCACAAUAGACCGAGUCUGUGUGACUGAAGGAAACGUCCAAAUCCACCCUCAGAUACUAUUUCUUGUGUUUCUGGGUCUGUUUUAGUUUUCAGACGGGUUUUUUUUCUGUGUAGGCGACAAGAUGUGAAGUUUAUUUCUGGCAGCUACAGCAGAAGCUUUUAUCCCCAAAGAUGUUUGAUUGGUUUAGAAGUCGCACAGCAAAUGGCAGUUUUUUGAAAAUCAAAUCAGAAAUGAAGAGUUUUUGAUCACGACUGACCAGAAAGAAAUACAUUUCCAUUAUUUAGUGACGGGUAGUUUUUCUGACUGCGCUUUGUGUUUUAUUCAGUCAGUGGUCAAAAAGGUUCAGUGUGGGAUUUAAUACAACAAAGAUAUAUUGUUAUAUCUGAGUAACUGGAACCACUGAGUAUUUUACAGUUUUCCUUAAAACAACAACAACUAUUAAUUUAUUUAUACACAUCAAUACAACGUCAAUCAGUUAGAUAAUAAAAUCUUUACGCUCACAUUAUCAUCAGCAAACUGCCAAAAGUCCUGCAUUCAGAAUCGUUACUUCAGUAAUGAUACAGAGAUACAGAAAAAUAUAUAAGUAUCAAUACUAAAAUCAUCCAAUAAUCAUCUCUAACUCUGACUAAUUGAAUUGUUUGAAUAUAACAGAAAUCAAAUAAAGUGUGAGUCUCUCAAAAGAGUACUGAGGUGCUGUAAUGAAUGUAUUUAUACUCCAGAUGACGGGAACGUGGCCAGAACAAAAUUAAAUGUUAGAUUUUAUUACUUUGGAGAUGAAGGGGCCGUCCGAGAGCCGAGCCAAACUCCCCCUGAUCAUAGAUAUUCACAUUCUGCACACGCCAAAGAUUAUUUCACAAAAAUGGCAAACAAUCUCGCAAUGUUAGAAAAAGUUUCAAUAAACAAACAUCAGUGAAAACAUUGGCAGAGGUAAUAAACCGAACGUCACAGUCUGGUGAUAAAUCUGCAGGUGGACAUUUUGCCUCGAGGUUUCAGAUUCCACCUGUGUGACAAACUGAGGCCUGCGCUUCAUGAAACACCUGAGUGUCACAUGUUAGAGGAGAAGAGAUGAUUGUUUCUGUCUGAUUUUGAUUUGCUUUUAAAAACCAAUGACCCAGAAAACGAGUGUACAUCUUUACAAGUACUGUAUCCUGUCGCACACACAGGCUUCCCUCGGUGCUCGGAAAAUAAAAAACCUUUUUAAACAC